AUGACAGAGCUGUGUGAGUACCAAGAAGAGUACAAUGCUAUUGAAGACAAACAGAGAGACAUGGAAUCGUACCCAAUGGCGGUUGCAAACGUAAAGGAAAGAAAUGCAAGCUUAUUACCAAGAACAACAAAUGUUGUUGGAAGCACCUCGCAAGGAAGCCAUGGAAAGGACGUAAAAGAAGAUAAGCAAAAGCAAGUAGCAAUGAGCAGUAGAGAUCAAGAAAUGUGUGAAAGAGAAUACCUAGAAAGACAAUGUAACAAUUCUGCAGGUAAUAACAAGAUUCCCAGAAAAUCAGUUCCUAUUGAAGAUUUAAAAUCUUCCCUUUCUGAAGUUCUUUUUCAUUACUAUCCAUUGGUCGGAAGAAUUAGAAUUUGUUCAGAAGAUGAAGACAGACUUGAAGUUGAUUGUAAUGGUAAAGGUGCUUUACUUGCUGAAGGAUUCAUGGAUUUUACUGUUGAUGAGUUUUUAAAAGAUAAUACAUGGCUUAACAUGGCCUGGAAGGAUAAGCUCUUGUUUGAAGUUGAUGCUCAAAGCGACUUGGAUAUUCCUCCUCUGGUGAUUCAGGUAACAUAUCUAAGCUGUGGAGGAAUGUUGAUGUGCAUCUCCAUGUAUCACUGCAUGGCCGAUGGUGUUGGUGUAUCAAAAUUUCUGCAUGAUUGGGCACACCUACGUGGUAACCCAAACAUGGAUCUUCCUAUUCCCCCCAUCCACAAUCGUGAACUUUUGAAACCUAGAAACCCUCUACAGAUACCCUUCGAUCACCCUGAAUUCACAGACAUAACUCAAGAUUUUGAUAUUUCUAAGUAUCUUAAAUCUCAAACAUUGGAUCCUAGUUGUUUAACCAUGACACAGUCACAUAUCCAACGUCUCAAAACUUUUUGUGAACCUUCACUAAAAUGCAGCACAUUUGAAGCACUUGCUGCACACGUCUGGCGCUGUUACGUUAAAGCCCUAAAUUUACCUUCAUCACUCAUAGUCAAAUGGGGAACUUAG